GGUGGAAGCUGAAGAUAAUUAAUUUCCAGCUAAUGGUUUAGAUUUGUUCUCAAUUUCUAAACCCAAAAUAUUGUUUUACAAAUUUUUCAUCACGUGGAUUGUUCACUUGGAAAUAAAAUGUCAUUAUAUAAUAAACAGUAAGAACAGUACAGUACAGUAGAGUCUUUGAUUACCACUAGGAGGAAGAGAUGGAGGAAAUGAAGCCAUGCGCCGCAAACUCGCCGCCGUUGACGCCGAUAGGUUUUUUAGAGAGAGCCGCCACCGUUUACGGUGACUGUACCUCCAUCGUUUAUGGCAGCAACACCGUUUACACGUGGCGUGAAACAAACCUCCGUUGUCUCCGCGUGGCGUCUUCUCUGUCUUCAAUCGGAAUCGGCAGGUCUGACGUAGUCUCUGUUCUCUCUCCCAAUACUCCGGCUAUGUACGAGCUCCAGUUUGCUGUUCCCAUGUCCGGCGCAAUCCUCAACAACAUCAACACACGCCUCGACGCACGCACCGUCUCUGUUCUUCUCCGUCACUGUGAAUCUAAGCUUCUUUUCGUCGACGUCUUCUCCGUUGAUCUCGCCGUUGAAGCGGUCUCGAUGAUGACGACUGAUCCGCCGAUUCUCGUCGUCAUCGCCGAUAAAGAAGAGGAAGGAGGAGUUGCUGACGUGGCUGAUCUUUCAAAAUUCAGUUACACUUACGAUGAUCUUAUCGAAAGAGGUGAUCCGGGUUUUAAAUGGAUCCGACCCGAAAGCGAAUGGGAUCCGGUUGUGCUUAAUUACACUUCCGGUACGACUUCAGCUCCUAAAGGAGUGGUACACUGCCACAGAGGAAUUUUCGUAAUGUCAGUUGAUUCACUAAUUGAUUGGGCCGUACCGAAAAAUCCGGUUUACUUAUGGACUCUACCGAUAUUUCACUCUAACGGUUGGACCAAUCCAUGGGGAAUCGCCGCCGUCGGAGGAACUAACGUCUGUUUGCGUAAAUUUGACGCGCCGUUAAUCUACCGUCUGAUCCGUGAUCACGGCGUCACACACAUGUGUGGAGCUCCGGUGGUGCUCAACAUGUUAUCCGCGACUCAGGAAUCUCAGCCUCUUAACCAUCCCGUCAACAUCUUAACCGCCGGUUCUCCGCCUCCAGCUACCGUCCUCCUCCGAGCCGAAUCAAUUGGUUUCGUUAUCAGUCACGGUUACGGAUUAACGGAAACCGCCGGUGUAAUCGUCUCGUGCGCGUGGAAGCCAAAAUGGAAUCAUUUACCGGCAAGCGAUCGAGCGAGAUUGAAGGCACGGCAAGGAGUGAGAACCGUCGGGUUUACUGAAAUCGACGUGGUGGAUCCUGAAUCGGGUUUGAGCGUUGAGAGAAAUGGAGAAACUGUCGGAGAAAUUGUGAUGAGAGGAAGCUCGGUCAUGCUCGGUUACUUAAAAGAUCCGGUCGGAACAGAGAAAGCUUUAAAGAACGGGUGGUUUUACACCGGAGAUGUUGGUGUGAUUCAUUCCGAUGGUUAUCUAGAGAUUAAAGAUAGAUCGAAAGAUAUAAUUAUAACGGGAGGUGAGAAUGUGAGUAGUGUUGAGGUUGAAACGGUGUUGUACACGAUUCCGGCGGUGAAUGAAGUGGCGGUGGUGGCUAGACCUGAUGAGUUUUGGGGAGAGACACCGUGUGCGUUUGUGAGUUUGAAAAAUGGGUUUAGUGGGAAACCUACGGAGGAGGAAUUGAUGGAGUAUUGUAGAAAGAAGAUGCCCAAGUAUAUGGUUCCUAAAACGGUGUCGUUUAUGGAUGAGUUGCCUAAGAGUUCGACGGGAAAGGUUACGAAGUUUGUGCUUAGGGACAUUGCAAAGAAGAUGGGUGAUAAGACAAUUUCUUAAACGUCUUUCUUUCACCGUUCCACAAAAUUACGAAUCACAUUGAUUCUAAUUUUAUGGAAUGCAUAUGUUGUACCAAUGGACAAUGGCUUAAUCUAUAUUUGUAAUCCAUCUAUUGUAUACGGGAUGUGUUUCCUUUAUAUGUAACAAAAUGGUUUGGGGUUUAUUUGUUUUCACGCUGUUUGGAAAUUGGAAUAUUCUUAAAAAUAUAUAUUGCCUAUGAGCUUAUGUAAGAUGUUUAAGAAUCUUUUUUAGUGUGUUUCAU